AUGUUGCGCGUUUGGUUUUUAGUAGCACUAGUCGUUGGAUCGCUGCAAGGAUUAGAGGUUGUAUUUGAAAAGAUUGAACAGCUGUCAGGUUUCGAUAUCUACGAUAGCACGCUUCGGGUCCGCAAGUACAAUCGCACGACGACUACACUCAACGGCACUUUUACUUUGUUAACGCCUGUCGAUAACAGCUAUAUAGUAUCAACCGAUCUGUACCACAGCAGCCGUGGCAACCAGCAAUUUAACCACUAUCCGAUGAAGCUACCAACUAAACGGCUGUGCGAUUUUCUCGAAGGCAUUUACGAUGAAUACUAUGAGUACAUUGCUGACAUCGUCAACCUACCCGAGAAAGGUGAAUGUCCCAUCAUGCCACGAGCGGGUCACAUCCUUAACAAAGUAUUCCCAACCAAAGCCGUUCCUAAAUUUGCACCGAAAGGACUAUGGAAAGUGUUUGUUAUCCAAGCGCUCGAAGACGUUGAGGUUUCGCGCUUUGAGUUGAUCCUCAAGGUGCACAAUGAUUUAUUCUGA